UGAUAAAAUAGGAGCUAUCUAGUAAGCCAAUUACGUUUUACAAAAUUGAUAAUCUUAGUCAAAAGUGAAAUUUUGUUUCUCAUAAAUCUGUUAAAUAGUUGUUAUUUUAUUUCCUAUUAUUCACAAGAUUGUAUAUAUAUUUGUAAAUUAAAACAGAGUUUUGUCAAUUUAUAUUUUUAUUUUAAAUUACUAUACAUUAUGUCCACUCCAGCUAGACGAAGAUUGAUGCGAGACUUUAAAAAAUUACAAGAAGACCCACCUGCUGGAAUUAGUGGCACACCAACUGAUAAUAACAUUAUGUUAUGGAAAGCUGUUAUUUUUGGUCCUCAUGACACACCAUUUGAAGAUGGGACAUUCAAAUUAACAAUAGAAUUUACUGAAGAAUAUCCUAACAAACCACCAACAGUCCGAUUUGUCUCAAAAAUGUUCCAUCCAAAUGUCUAUGCCGAUGGAGGUAUUUGUUUAGAUAUUCUUCAAAAUCGUUGGAGUCCAACCUAUGAUGUUGCUGCUAUAUUGACUUCUAUACAAUCACUUUUGAGUGAUCCUAACCCAAAUUCGCCAGCCAAUUCAAUGGCUGCACAACUGUACAAAGAAAAUCGUCGAGAAUAUGAAAAAAGAGUGAAAUCUUGUGUUGAGCAAAGCUUUAUUGAUUGAAACAACAAAUACUAGUCUUAUAAUAUUUUAAAAAACGAAAAUAUUUAAAAUGUGUUAUUAAAAUUAAGUUUAUUCAUUUAUUAGACAUGAUGCAUUUAAAAAAAAAAGCAAAAACUAGUUACUUGACAUUUUAUGUCUUGAAAAUUGAAUAGAUAUUAAUUAAUUGGAAGAAUAUUUUAUAAUGAUUAGUUGAACGUUAUAGACGUUAUGUAUAUAAUUUACUUAUAAGUGAUUCCUUUUAUAUAUAAUUUUUUUUAUAGCUUAAAUCAAUGAUUUUGUUUAACGAUUAGACAUUUAUCUCAAAUCAAUUCUCAUUAUUAUACAAAUUUUAUGUUAAAAUGUACAAUAAUAUAUUAUUGAUUUUUUAGGAAAGCUAUAAUUUAAUUUUUCAUAAAUUUAUUCUCAUAUUCCAUAGAGUUUUUAUAUAAACAAUUUUUUUUCUUUUAUUAAAAUGGUAUUUUUGGUUUAUGCAAUUAUAAUAAAAUGAUAACCAUUUUAUUUUUUAGGAGGAGAUUAUUCCACUUAAUUUAAUUUAAUCAUAAUGAUCAUCAAAAUAAUCAUAAUAAUAUACUACAACUAAUGUUUUUUUGUUAAAUUAUCAAAGAAUUGAUAAUAUUUAAUAAUUAAAAAAGUUUAAACGCACAAUUCACACGCAAAAAAUGCUUGAGAGUGUAACACUUAAUAGAACACUAAUCUAAAACAAAUAUAAUGUACACAUAAAUAAAUGUUUAAAUUAUGGUUGGCGACAAAUAUUCUUAUCACCUUUUAUAGAUUUGUAUAAUGCUUAAGUGUGUGAUCAUAACGAUGUUAAAAUGUUAGUUGAAAUCACGAACCAAAAUAGAAUAAUCAUAGUUCUUGGUUAAAAACAAAUACUAGAACAUAAUUUAAUAUAUUUUGUUAUUCAUUUA